UGAGAGCUGACCAGCUUAUCGGAUAUAUAUUACAGUACUGCAGUACGGUAAUUUCAUGAUUUUCUGAAUUGCUUGUCAAUUUGUUUCAGAUUGGAUAGGGUCUGAGAGUUUCGUUUGUCAAAUCAGUAAAUUGUAAACACAUCUUGAUGGAUAAUCAUAGGUUGCAUGAUGCUAUCGUUAAGGAUCUUCUUCUUGAAGUAAUAGAAGAAGAAAUCUUAGGUUUGUUAGAGAAUUCCAUCAUUGAAGAUGAACAUCCUAUUGAUCCCAGAGCCAAAGAGAAAAAUAGGCAAAAACUUACACAAUAUUUCGCUGAUGAUAUUUUGAACAAAGUUCUUGCAGAAGAGUUUGUUUCAUUAAGCACAGAAUUCUUCGAUAUGAUUAUUAAAAACCAUCGCACAGAUGUAACUGCGGUUCAACGAUUGAAUGAUGUCUUGCGAGAUACUACAAAAGAAAUAACAGAGGAAAUUGUUCUGGAACUUAUGGAAGAAAAGAAUGCAAAAUCACAAUGCGAAAAAAUUGUGGAUGACAUCAUUACAGAAGUUCAAGCUGAAGAAUUCAACAUAAUGUCAAGCAAAACUUUGGAUCAUUAUAGAGCUAGAGUUGCCCUUCUUCAGUACAGGCAAAUGCAAAGUUCUGCUUCAGGGGUCCUUCUCGAUAAAGUUAUUUUAAACGCACUACUUUCCCCUUAUAAUGAUGAAACCGAAGAGAGUGACAUUACUUUACAAAAUAACGAAAAAGACAAUAUUAUGAAUAAAAUUAUAUUUGAACUUGUUUUGUCACAAUCACUUGCAUUACAUGCAUGUUCUCCUAAAAACACUCCAAUGAAAAAUGGUAAGGAUUUAUCUUUAUCAAAGCUUCCACCAACUGAGUGUAUUCCUCUUAAUUGGUAUAAAAAAAAAGUUACUUCAGCUAUUGCUGAGGAUGUCGCUGUCACAAUGUUGUGCGAUAGACUGGAUGAGUCUAUGCAAUUUGCGGCUGAAGAACAAAUGAAAAAUCAGGCAGUUUCAUUAUUCAGUCAAUUUAUCAAUGCUUCUUAAUUACUGAUCUUAAUUAAAUAUGGAUAUCUCAAUAUU